AUGCCGGAGAUUAUCUCAAAGGGUGCCACCAUUUCAAAGAAGGGCUUUAAGAAAGCUGUCACGAAGACCCAGAAGAAGGAGGGGAAAAAGCGAAAGCGAUCCCGCAAGGAGAGCUAUUCCAUUUACAUAUACAAGGUACUGAAGCAGGUGCACCCUGACACGGGCAUCUCAUCCAAGGCCAUGAGUAUCAUGAAUUCUUUCGUCAGUGAUAUUUUUGAACGCAUUUCGGGCGAGGCGUCGCGCCUGGCGCACUACAACAAGCGCUCGACCAUCACGUCCCGGGAGAUCCAGACGGCCGUGCGCCUGCUGCUGCCCGGCGAGCUGGCCAAGCACGCCGUGUCCGAGGGCACCAAGGCCGUCACCAAGUACACCAGCUCCAAGUGA